GGACUCUGCUCCAUCUACCACCUUGGAACUGGACUGGCCCCAGGGCAUCAGUAGAGCCGGUUUAGGAGAAUGGGCAUGAGCUUGGGAUCCCCAUCUCCCAGGGGGGUCCAAGACUCAGGGUUGCCUCUUUGCUAGAGUUUCAAUCAUGGGGAAAUCUGAAAGCCAAAUGGAUAUUGUGGAGAAAUCGACCAGAUCCAGGAAGAAGCCCUGGAGUGUCCUGGAGCUGGGCCUGUCGGUACUACUGCUUCUCAUGACCUGCUCCUUGAUCACGCUGGUGAUCCUCUACAUGGAAGUCAAGGGGAAGCCACUGCUGCUCUUUCCCAUUUCGUUCUAUAUCCCAAGAGAAGAGAAGACUUUUGUAAGACGAGAUUUUGAAGACCCCAGAAUUGCUACCAAUUUUGAAGAAAUCUGUGUCCACCCUGGUUGUGUGAUAGCAGCUUCUAGGAUCAUCCAGAACAUGGACCCUACCAGUGAACCUUGUAAUGACUUUUACCAGUAUGCCUGUGGGGGCUGGAUCAACCGUCAUGUGAUUCCCGAGAGCAGCUCCCGAUACAGCAUCUUUGAUAACCUGCGAGAUGAGCUGGAAAUUAUACUCAAAGGUGUGCUGGAGACUCCUAGAGAGGGAGACCGGAAUGCCAUCCAGAAAGCAAAGAUGCUCUAUAGCUCCUGCAUGAAUGAAAGUCUGAUUGAAUCACGGGAUUCUAAGCCUCUGUUAAAAAUCUUAGAAAUUGUGGGAGAUUGGCCAGUGGCUACUGACAACUGGAAGGAAGUCAGAGAACCCUACUGGAUCAUGGAAGAGAAGCUGUCAGUGAUGAACUCCCAGUUCAACAAACGGCUCCUUAUUGACAUGUUUGUUUGGAAUGAUGACCGAGACUCCAGAAGCCACAUCAUCUAUAUUGACCAGCCAUCACUGGGCAUGCCUUCCAGAGACUACUACUUCAACAGUGGCAACUACCAGAGGGUCCGGGAGGCUUACUUCCAGUUCAUGAUCAGCAUCGCUAAGAUGAUCCGGGCUGAUCUGAAUUUCACCAAAGAUGAUGAGUUUGUGGAGAAUGAAAUGUUGCUGGUGAUGAAAUUUGAAACUGAAAUUGCGAACGCCACUUCACCACAAGAGGAAAGACAUGAUGUCACUCUCCUCUAUCACAGGAUGAACAUAUCUCAACUCCAGAGUACCUUUUCAUUCAAGGUCUGUGACCCUUUGUCACGGGACUUCAACUGGACUGUCUUCAUACAAAUUAUCAUGUCCUCAGUCAACAUUAACAUCCUGGAAAAUGAGGAGGUGGUGGUGUAUGGAGUUCCUUACCUCCAGAAUCUUCAAGAAAUCAUCAGCAAGUACACAGCCAGAACCAUCCAAAACUACCUGGUCUGGCGCCUGGUGCAGGAUCAAAUUAGUAACCUGAGUCAUCGAUUCAAGGAAGCCCGAGUCAGCUAUCGCAAGGCUCUGUACGGGACUUCACUGGAAGAUGUACAGUGGCGUGAAUGUGUGCGUUAUGUCAACAAUAACAUGGAGAGCGCAGUGGGUGCCCUCUACGUGAAACAGUCAUUUGCUGGUGAGAGUAAGAGGAUGGUCGGUGAUCUCAUCCAGAAAGUUCGGGAAGUUUUUAUUGAGACCCUCAAUGAGUUACAGUGGAUGGAUGAAACGUCUAAGAAGAGGGCUCAGGAAAAGGCCACAGCCAUCAAGGAGCAGAUCGGCUACCCAGACUACAUUUUAGAAGAGCAAAACAAGAAACUCGAUGAUGAAUAUUACCAGCUGAACUUCACUGAGGACACAUUCUUUGAGAAUACACUGGAGAACCUUAAGUCCAAUGCACAGAAAGGCCUGAAGAAACUGAGGGAGAAGGUAGACCAGGAUGUCUGGAUCAUCGGUGCAGCUGUGGUCAAUGCCUUUUACUCUCCAAAUCGAAACCAGAUUGUGUUUCCGGCUGGGAUCUUGCAGCCCCCCUUCUUCAGCAAGCAGCAACUUCAGGCCUUGAAUUUCGGGGGGAUCGGGAUGGUGAUUGGCCAUGAGAUCACGCAUGGGUUUGACGACAAUGGCAGGAACUUUGACAAAGAUGGAAACAUGUUGGAUUGGUGGAGUAACUUCUCAUCCCAGCACUUCAAGGAACAGACAAAGUGCAUGGUGUACCAGUAUGGCAACUACACCUGGGACCUGGCUGGUGGACAGCAUGUGAGUGGGAUUGGCACACUAGGAGAAAACAUUGCAGAUAAUGGAGGCAUACGGCAAGCUUAUAAGGCUUACAUAAAGUGGAUGGAACAAGAAGGGAGAGAGCCCAGACUGCCGGGACUGAAUCUUACCCAUGAACAGCUUUUCUUCAUCAACUUUGCCCAGGUUUGGUGUGGAUCCUACAGACCAGAGUACGCCAGCCAGUCUAUAAAGACAGACGUCCACAGUCCCCUGAAGUACAGGGUUAUGGGGUCCUUGCAAAACUUUGAAGCCUUCUCUGAAGCCUUCCAUUGCCACAACGGGACAGUCAUGCACCCCGAGGAGAAAUGCAGAGUAUGGUAGCUGAAGACGGAGCCCAAAUCCUGUGCUUCAAUUCCACAGUUAGUCCCAAGUGGUCUACGAAGUGGGCUUUGACAGCUGGGCCCCAGCUUUGAGCUGGCCACAUGCCCAGUGCUUUCUCCCCUUCUGUCCCAGUCCAGGGCAAUGCCUGCCCCAGCUAUUGUCUCCACCCAGAGACAGAUAUAGGAAUGGAGAUACCAGUGGUUCUUGACUACUAGUCAGCCUGAGACUUGGGAGCUUCUUCUGGGAGGGGAAAUGACUGUUUCAAAUGACAUCUCGACUGUUAUUAAACCACCUAGUUCUUUAAAAAAAAUACAUUCAUAUUUUUCAGCCGGGUCCCUCAAUACAAGAGAUCCAGAGCCUGAAUGGAUGAUUACACACUUAAGAUGUUUCAUUAAAUGUAAUCCAACCACACAUUGUAGCUGCUACCAUGUUACCUCUUUCUGGCUAGCCCAAUGGGUUCACUUUUUGGUGUAGAAAUUUGUAAUUCUGUGUCUACUUUCCUAAGCACCUGGUGUAUGUUAAAUGUCUGAGUGUUUCAGACUCAUGCAAAAUAAACCUAU